AUGCUAAACUCGUUUGAACACGUCUAUGAAUCCGGCACGCUCGUCAUGGAGAGCGGCCAAUUGGCUCUUCAAGCCAACGGCUCCAUCUUGGUGAAGCAAGGCGACUGCGCCCUGCUCGUUACCGCAACGAUGUCCAAACCUCGCUCUGGCAUCGAUUUCUUCCCACUAACCAUUGAUGUGGAAGAGCGCCUCUACUCCAGAGGCAAAAUCCCCGGAAGCUUCUUCAGGCGCGAAGGCCGCCCAAGCACACACGGCAUCCUUAUGGCGCGCCUCACCGACAGGCAGCUCCGCCCGCUAUUCCCCAACGACUUCCGCAACGAAGUGCAGGUCGUCGCAACGCCGCUCUCCCUCGACAUGGAGAUGCCCUUCGAGACGAUGGUCAUGACCGCUGCAUCGGCGGCGCUCAGCAUCUCCGACAUUCCCUUCACCGGCCCCAUCGCCGCCACGCGCAUCGGCUACAUCGACGGCAAACUCGUCGUGAACCCCUCCUACGCCCAGAUUGACGAGAGCGAUCUUGAUCUCGUCGUGUCAAGCUCCCGUGAGGGCGUGACGAUGAUGGAAGCAGGCGCAAACGAACUUCCUGAAGAGGUCGUUUUCGACGCCAUCGAGCUCGCGCACGAAGUCAACCUCGGACUCAUCGACUUUCAGGAUGGCAUGGUGGAAGCCAUAGGCAAGCCCAAGUCGCAGGAAUAUGAAUCUUUCGCCUAUCCCUCGGAGCUUGACGAUGAGCUUGCGGGCAUCCUCGGCAGUGGUGUGACGGACGCAUUCGCAUCGUCCACAGGCAAGGCAGACCUAGACGAGAGACUGGACGUACUGCGCGCAAAGGUCGCGGACGAUCUUGGCGAAGAGUACGAAGCCAACCACCUGCGCGACGCCUUCGAGGUGCAGCUUGAGCACGCCUUCAAACAGAACGUGCUGUCAGGCGGCAAACGCCCCGACGGACGCGACAGGCGCGAGAUACGACCCCUGUCUAGUGCCGUAGGGUUGUUGCCCCGGGCGCACGGCAGCGGGCUGUUCAAUCGCGGCGAGACGCAGAUUCUUGGCGUCGCAACGCUCGGCUCAGUCGGCGACGCACAGCGACUGGACACCCUUACCCCUGAAGAGACCAAGCGCUUUAUGCUGCACUACAACUUCCCGCCCUAUUCAGUGGGCGAAGUGCGGCGCAUCGGUUCGCCGGGACGACGCGAGAUCGGACACGGCGCGCUCGCAGAACGCGCCAUCGCACCUGUCCUGCCAAGCCAGGAAGAUUUCCCAUACACGCUGCGAAUCGUCUGCGAAGCACUCGGCUCAAACGGCAGCACAUCAAUGGCGAGUGUCUGCGCAGGCACUCUUGCGCUGAUGGACGCCGGCGUACCCAUAAAGUCGCCGGUCGCAGGCAUCUCAGUCGGACUCAUAGAUGGCGGCGACGGCGAGUAUGUCACCAUCACCGACAUUCAGGGUAUGGAAGACCAUAUCGGCGACAUGGACUUCAAGGUCGCCGGCACGCGCGAAGGCAUCACGGCAAUUCAGCUUGACAUCAAGGUGAACAGCAUUAGCUUCGAUGUCGUGCGGGACGCGCUUGAGCAGGCUAAGGAAGCCCGCCUGUUCAUCCUCGACCACAUGCGCGACACAAUCAGCGACACCCGCGAGGACCUCAGCCUGUUCGCCCCGCGAAUGCUGCAAAUCAAGGUUGCGGUUGACAAGAUUGGAACAGUGAUAGGGCCAGGCGGCAAAACCAUACGCGGCAUCACCGAAGCGACAGGCGCGACCAUCGACAUUCAGGAUGAUGGCACAGUUGUCAUCGGCUCUCCUGACGGCGCCGCCGCUCAGAAGGCUGUGCAGAUGGUUGACGACCUGACACGCGAGGUCAAGGUCGGCGACAUAUUCACCGGCACGGUAGCCCGCAUAAUGGACUUCGGCGCAUUCGUUAACAUCCUCCCCGGCAAAGAUGGCCUUGUGCACAUCAGCGAGCUCUCGGAAGAGCGCGUCCCGUCCGUAGGCGAGACCGUCGAGAUCGGUCAGGAACUCACAGUAGCGGUUAUCCAGAUCGACGACCUCGGACGAGUCAACCUAUCGCGCCGCGCACUCCUCACUGACGAAGAGAUCGACCCUGCAGGCAGAGAACCGGUAGGCGGCGGACGUCCGCAGCGCACCGGCGGAUACAGGCGAGACGGUGGUGGCAGAGGACGCAACGAUCGCGGCGGCAGAGACCGCGGCGGACGCGACGGUGGUGGCAGAGACCGCGAAAGAGGCGGCUACCGCAGAUAG